UGUUGUACAGAUCAUCGUGGAAGAAUUAUUUGUUUUGGUUUUAGCUAGAUUUAAUCGUCAGUUAAAUCCGUUUUAUCUAGCCUAAAUCUUCGACUAUGUGAGGAAGUAAGCGCCACGACAGUUUUCCCCCACCGUGCCAUCCUCACACAUUGUGGAACGUUGUGGAAUAAGCAAUUGACCAGUGGCCUGAGGCAAAUAAAAAAAAAAGAAAGAACGAAGGACACUACUUGUGCAGUGGUGCACAGAAUUUGAGGCGUAAAAAGAGCGCACACCCCAUCGAAGUGUCACCAUGGGGGACAAGGGUCCGCAAUCGGGAACGACGGCUCAGCCGCUGGUGAAAAUCGGUCACUACAUUCUCGGUAACACCCUCGGUACCGGGUCGUUCGGGAAGGUAAAAAUUGGCGAACAUCAGGUGACAAAGCACAAGGUAGCGGUGAAGAUAUUGAACCGGCAGAAAAUUAAAAGCCUCGAUGUGGUGGGCAAGAUUCGGCGUGAGAUACAGAACCUGAAGCUGUUCCGUCACCCGCACAUCAUCAAGCUGUACCAGGUUAUCUCGACGCCAACCGAUAUUUUCAUGAUCAUGGAGUACGUCAGCGGGGGCGAGCUGUUCGAUUACAUCGUAACCAACGGGAAGCUGCAGGAAUCGGAGGCUCGUCGCUUUUUCCAGCAGAUUAUCUCCGGCGUCGACUAUUGCCACCGUCACAUGAUUGUGCAUCGCGAUUUGAAGCCGGAGAACUUGCUACUAGACCACAAUCGUCACGUAAAGAUUGCUGACUUUGGACUGUCCAACAUGAUGUUGGAUGGAGAAUUCUUACGAACAUCGUGCGGUUCACCCAACUAUGCCGCACCGGAGGUAAUCUCCGGUAAGCUGUACGCCGGUCCGGAAGUUGACAUAUGGUCGUGUGGCGUAAUUCUGUACGCACUGCUGUGCGGUACACUUCCAUUCGACGACGAGCACGUACCGACAUUGUUCCGCAAGAUCAAGUCGGGCGUUUUCCCCAUUCCCGAGUACCUAAACAAGCAGGUGGUUAGCUUGCUGUGCCAGAUGCUCCAGGUCGACCCACUCAAACGAGCGACGGUAGAGGAGAUCAAGAAGCACGAAUGGUUUCAGAAGGACCUACCGGCGUACCUUUUCCCUUCGCCAGUAGAGCAGGAUAGCAGCGUGAUCGACACGAACGCCGUCACGGAGGUGUGCGAUAAGUUUGGCGUCAAGGCUCACGAGGUACACAACGCCCUGCUCAGUGGCGACCCGCACGAUCAGCUAGCGAUCGCGUAUCAUUUGAUCAUCGACAACAAGCGCAUCGCAGACGAGGCGGCCAAGGCGGAGCUGAAGGAGUUCUACGUUGCCGGCAGUCCGCCGCCGCUAGGGGCAGAUGGAAAGUUUGGCCAACCGCAGACUGCCGCACCGGCAACAGCAACGCACGCCAACCAGAACGAACCCUUCAAAUCGCCUCCUAUUCACCCGGAACGUAUCGCACCCUUGCGCGAUCGUCCCGUGACGACGGCGGGGGCACAAAACGUACCGCAGCCACCCCUCAACAGCAUGAUCAACCAAUCGUCGACGGUAAUGCCGGCCGAUAAGCAUCGCGGCACGCCGGUCAAGCGUGCCAAAUGGCAUCUAGGUAUUCGAUCGCAGUCGAAACCGAACGACAUCAUGCUGGAGGUGUACCGGGCCAUGAAGGCGCUCGACUUCGAGUGGAAGAUCAUCAAUCCGUACCAUGUGCGCGUACGCAAGUACAACGCGCGCAACGACAAGCAGGUCAAGAUGUCGCUGCAGCUGUACCAGGUGGACCCGAAGAACUAUCUGCUGGACUUCAAGUCGCUGACGAACGAAGAGGUCGAACAGGGCGAUGAUGUGAUCAUGGAGAGUCUCACGCCACCGCCACCGGUUGGCUUUGGGGGUAUGGGCAUACCGAACCACCAGCCGAGCGGCCACCACACGAUGGAGUUCUUUGAGAUGUGCGGUGCCUUAAUAGCGCAGCUGGCACGUUAGUGUCGGGUAGCGCUUGUAAAGCGCUGUGCGGGAGGGGAAGGGACUGGUGGGCACAGUGGGAGCACUAAAUAUCUAUUUUAUUAAAAAGAUUCUUUGAACCUGUUAUCAAAACCAAAAACACGAAACUGUGUAACCUGUUUUCAUUGUAGGUGUAAAAUAUAACGUACAUAAUAAUAAUCGUUUGUUGAAUUUUCCUUAUCGCACUUAAAAAGAAACUUCAUACAUACAUGCGGAAAUGUUAAAACCGAUGGCAAAAAGAGACCAAAUACUUGGGGUGGACAGAUUGAAGCAUAAUGUUCUACGGCCUACAGAUUGAGUCAUGAUGAACCUAAAAAAACUUGCAUAUUACGUACAAGGUGCGCCCUACGAAGGGAUGUGAGGAACAAUUCGUGAAAAAAUCGAAGAAUAAGAACGAAAUAACUAUGUCCGCCAUAAAAAUUAUAAUAAAGAAUAGGAAUAUAA